AUGGCUUUGAGUUACGCAAAUCUCGCUCUAUACGUCGUUGGGUUUACCCUCGUCUAUUACUUCCUACUAGGCAUCUACAAUGUCUUCUUUCACCCACUGCGGCACUACCCAGGCCCCUUCCUCUGGCGAUUCAGCCCGUUGCCAAAGAACAUCAACAUGCUCCGAGGCACAUAUGCCAAAAAGGCGCGAGAAAUCCACAACACCUACCAGGGGACCGUCCGCGUGUCUCCCAACGAGCUCUCCUACAUCCAACCCCAAGCAUGGAAAGACAUCCUGGGCCGCCCCCUAAAGUCGGAAAUGUACAAAGACAUGCGCUUCUUCGGCGGCGACGCCUUCGGCCGCGACAGCCUCGUCACCACCCUGCCCGAGGACCACACCCGCCAGCGCCGCAUCUUCACCCACGCCUUCAGCAACUCGGCCCUCAAGGCCCAGGAGCCCCUCCUCGCCAAGUACGCCGACCAGAUGGUCGAGACCAUGGCGGCCCUCCGCUCCCGCCACGGCGCCGUCAACCUCGUCGACCUCUUCAACUUCUGCACCUUCGACAUCAUGGCCGACCUCACCUUCGGCGAGCCCCUCCUCCUCCUCGAGCGCGGCGACUACCACCCCUGGGUCCACAACCUCUUCUCCGGCCUCAAGUACGUCGUCUACGGCGUCGUCCUCCUCGAGUUCCCCGUCCUCGGCCCCCUCGUCGAGCGCGUCCUCGCCGCGCCCAUGAAGCGCGCCGCGCAGGACCACAUGGACUUCGCGGGCGCCCUCGUCGACCGCCGCUUGCAGCUCAAGGACCACCCGAAGCCCGACAUCUGGAGCUUCGUGCUCCGGCACAGCGGCGACGAGGCCAAGGGCCUCUCGGGCCGCGAAAUGCACGCCAACGCCGCCAUGUUCAUGGUCGCCGGCACCGAGACCACGGCCACGGUGCUCUCGGGCGUCGCGUACUACCUCAUGCGCACGCCGCGCGUGUAUGACCUCCUGGUAAAAGAGAUCAGGAGCACGUUCGCGCGGACGGCGGACAUCGACGUCGACUCUCUGCAGCAGCUCCCGUACCUGAACGCGGUGCUGCAGGAGGGUUUGAGGGUGUAUAACCCGGCCGGGGCGGGGAUGCCGAGGAUCGUGCCCCCCGGCGGGGCGGAGGUUUGCGGGGAGUUCGUUCCCGCUGGUACCUGGGUCUCGGUGAACCCGUACGUCGCGUUCCGGCACGCGGACAACUGGGCCCGGCCGACGGAGUUCGUCCCGGAGCGGUGGAUGCACCAGGACGACCCGGAGUGGAGGGGCGACAAGCGGGAGGUCCACGAGCCGUUCUCGUACGGGCCGAGGAACUGUCUCGGGAAGAAUCUCGCGUGGCUUGAACUCCGCCUGAUUCUCGCCAAGACGCUCUGGCACUACGACCUGGAGAUGUGUUCCGGGAUGGAGAGCUGGGUCGACCAGAAGGCGUACCUGACCUGGGAGAAGGAGCCGCUGAUGGCUAAUUUGGUCCCUGUCGAGAGGGAGUGA